AACAAGAGAGAAGAAAAUCAGAAUUUUCAGGGAAGGAUUUGUGAGGAGUCCUUGGAAGGAAAAUAUGAUAAGGGCUCCGACACUUGGAAUUCUCAGUGAAGGACUCUAUCCAGCUACUAUAAAUACUUCCCCAAAAAUCAUGUGCGAUCAUCACUACCAUCUCCUCCUCUUAUUAUACUUGUCUUUCUUUUCUCUGUUUCUUUCGUUCUCCGUCUGUGCGAUUCAGGAUGACUAUCCUCGUCGACGAUCCUGCAUUUGGAGUUGAAAUUGAGGAGAAGAAGGUCGCAUGCGAGGAGAGUGAGCUGGUGUUGGACGCCGGAUUUGCAGUGCCAGACUCCAAUGCCUUCGGUCACACUUUUAGGAUUAUGCCCAUUGGUAGAGUUGCAAGGGUGCAAUCUAGACGUCGUCGGUUCAAUUCCUGGAAAAGCUUCUCCACGUCUCAUGUGGGGGUAAGGGAGAGUGAGAGGCGUGACCUCGUUGAGGGUUUCUACCGAGUCAAUCACAUUAACCAGACCUAUGACUUUGUGAAGAGGAUGAGAGAGGAGUAUGGGAAAUUGAAUAGGGUGGAAAUGAGCAUUUGGGAAUGCUGUGAGCUUCUCAAUGAAUUUGUUGAUGAGAGUGAUCCUGAUUUGGAUGAACCCCAGACUGAGCACUUGCUUCAGACAGCUGAGGCCAUUAGAAAAGACUACCCCAACGAAGACUGGCUACAUUUGACUGGCCUUAUCCAUGAUCUUGGAAAAGUUCUUCUUCAUCCUGCUUUUGGCGAACUUCCACAAUGGGCCGUUGUAGGUGACACAUAUCCUGUUGGGUGCGCCUUUGAUGGGUCAAUUGUUCACCACAAGUACUUCAAGGAAAAUCCAGACUACAAUAACCCUGCUUAUAACACAAAAUAUGGAGUGUAUUCUGAGGGUUGCGGACUUGACAAUGUGCUGAUGUCUUUCGGUCACGAUGACUACAUGUACUUGGUUGCCAAGGAUAACAAGACCACUCUUCCUUCAGCGGGACUUUUUAUUAUGCGAUAUCAUUCCUUUUAUGCUUUACAUAGGGCAGGAGCUUAUAGGCACUUGAUGAAUGAAGAAGAUGUUGAGAAUCUCAAGUGGCUGAAAACAUUCAACAAGUACGAUCUUUAUAGCAAGAGCAAAGUCCGAAUUGAUGUUGAGGAAGUGAAGCCUUAUUACCUUUCCCUCAUCGAAAAGUACUUCCCAGCAAAGCUAAGAUGGUGAAUUUGGGAGCUUUUGAAGGAUGAGAAUGAAAUUGGUGGCAGUUGAAGAAGAGUCAGAUUCUAUGGUUUUUCAAAGAGGGUCUUAUAUUUGUCAUGCUUUUUCCUUUUUUUUGUUUUGGGUGGUGGUAGAUUGGAACCUCCUCUGCCUUACUCUGAAUUCAAUAAGACUCUGAAUUUCUGCCUUA